UCCGGCGAUUGAAAGGCUUUCCCCGUCUGAGCCAUCCAUUUGUAUAAAAAAAAAAAUCCAUAAAGCAGUUUCAUCAUAGAGAUGUCAAGGGUAGAUUGGCAAAAACUAGAGAGGCCCAGAAAUUGCCUCUUUCGGAAAUGAUCGGAUGUACUUCGGGGACUCUCGGAAACGAAUCGGGUUACCUCGGCGAUAGUUUCGGAGGAGCUCGAUAGUCGGUUGAAAACGGCCUUCCGUGAGUUCUCCGAAAGUCACGUGGGUAGAAAAAAAGUUAGGAAUUUACUUUCAUUCAUGGCAUAGAACGUUGGGGAACUUUGAGAGACGAACGCCCGCGGCUCGGGACCAAUCAGAAGCCGCUGGGAAUGUUUCCCGGACAUAUACUCGAAUACAACAAAGGCAGCUUUCUUCCCUUUACUUCUUAGAGAGAUGGCUGAAUUCUGCAGCUUCCCCCAUUUCAAACAAAAAUUCCUGAGGGAAACCAGGAUGAGGGCAUUUUUCCCUUUGCAUUUUUUGAAUAUGGGAAACGUGGCCAGCUGGAAAGGCUUCAAAAGGAUGAAAAGAUCCAAACUGAAAGCACCACCAGCAGUGCCAUCUUCUGCCAGCUCCAAUAAUAAAGGACUGUGUCGCACUGGAGGGUGCUGAAGCUCUUCACUGCCUGCUCAUUUAUCACCCUGCUUAUGCCACCUCUCCAGUCAGCCCAGCCGGUGUACAGAGAUUCUUCCUACUGAGCAGCCACUGAGCAGCGUUUUUUACAAGAGGAUAGACCUUCAUUUCUUAUGUUGGCGUGAUGGUCCAGGAGCGAUUUGGUCAAAUGUUCCAGGAUUAGUCUCCAUCCAUCAACCGAGGGAUCUUGAAUCGCACCCAUGAUACUUGUGUUUGGGAUCACUUCUUGAGCAAUCUUCUUUUGGAUCUGUUAAAGAAGGGGAAUCAACAUUUCCUGGAUUUUGAACAUCCAAUAUUUUCUUCAAAUGGGGAUAUUUGAGGCUGAUAUGGUUUAAGUGGCAUUGUGAGCUGUUGUUCAUGGGCGAUACUUUGGAUACUUUGCCAUCCAGUCUUUCAGCUCCCCCAAGCCACAAAGAGCCUUAUCCACUUGGUUCAAAUUGCUUCUUUUUUGGGUUGUGAACUGCUGGACCAUUCUUACAAGAGUGCCACUCCUUCAGAUACAGAUUUCCUCUCUUCCUGCAUUUGUUUCCAUUAUUCUUCAGUAUGAACACUGGAUUUCUGACAUUCCUUCUGGGCAACAGUUUUUGAACUGGCAGAACUCCAAAGAUUUGACACAGCCUGCUGCAUGCUUGUGGCUUGUAAUUGUGAUGAAUAAUUAAAAGAAGAGGAAGAAGAGUUUGCAACCUUGUGGGAGAGAACCGUAAAGGAGCUGCCAUGGGUUUGAUAAAGACAAUUUCUUCAUUCAUUCAGGAGAGGAAGAGGACUGAGAAAUAAUUCUUAAAGCAGGAUCAACAAGGCAUCUUGUGAGGCGUUUCAUCCCAAGGAAAGGCAGCGUUGUGGGUGCAGCGGCUAAGCAAGUCACUUGCUUUGGAUAGGCUGCACUCAAAGAUCCAGUUCUAAACAGACUUAAUGAGCCUGAUGGACCCAACAGAGCUGCUGGGAAGCAAGCUAGGGGAGAUUUAAGAAAGUGGGGGAGGCGUUUGAAAUAAGUAGGAAUUCCUAGAAUUCUAGGCUUGGCUUUUCCACUGUAAAGCACAAUAAACUGUGGAGUGCUUAGGAAGCUAAAUCUUAUGAGUUGGGUUUUUUGGGAGUCUUGGGUUCCUCCCAAAACUGGGGCCACCUUAAUAUUUGGCCUGGUUCUCAUACUGUUGUUCUAGACUAGAGAAAGAAAAGGAAAAUGUGGUGGGAGAUUUAUUGACAUGGCAGAAUGGCUAAUCGUUCACCUUGAAGGGUAUUAGCUUCUCAUCACGGGUCUCCAAGGUAGCAUUUUAGAGCUAGGUAAGGCCUCUGGAAGUUUUUAGGACUUUCUGUAAUAGCUAAAGAUAAAUGUUAGUAUGUAAAUUUAGUAGUAUGGAGUGUAAGACAGUGCCACCAUCCAAUAAGCUGAUCUCUGCAGCCUAAGAGGGAAUUUUUUUUCACUCCCUAAACCUAUAUCAACCCCUCAUAACUAUAUGGGUGGCAGAUGGUAAUGAUGGAAGGUUGGAGAAAGAUGUCCAUAAUUGGGAAAGCUUCCUUAGAUCUUCAAAAGAGGCUUUGCUAGUUACAGAAAAGAGAUGAAAAACCUCCUAAAUGAUGUGUAGAUUCUGUGGCAUGCCAAAGGACUUUUAGCAUUUGCUUUAAAUUCAUUGAUGGUCUUUCAACGUUAGGAAGGGUUUAGGAUUGUCUCUGCUUUUUAUUCAGAUUGAAAGGUUUUGUUCUUAUUAACAGGGGAGAAAAAGAAAGAAAAGGCUAGUCAAAAAAGAUCUUUUUAAAAUAUUCAGCACAAGCCAUUUAUCUUGCUGAUAAUAUCCACAAACCUUGAGUCAUAACAUAGAGAUGCUAUAUCAGAUUUUUUUGAGGGCCGAGUGCAGAAUUUUGUCACCUUCCAUUUAUAACCCAUUUUCCCCCUAUUACCUUUCCCAUCUUUUUUACCACAAACACAUACAUACCCUGAAAUCUAUUAAGGCGUGAAGGAUUAGCUGCAUGUAUCUUUUGCUCAGUCACAUGAGGAGCUGUCAUCAGGGAGCAUCUAGGAUUGAUGGCACCCAUCUCUUUAUUUGUUCAUUCAAUCUCAUUGGCACACAUCCCUUGGAAUGGUGAUUGCUUUGUUGGACACAGCCCGUUCUUUGCUAACAAAGAUGAGGAAAUGAUGAAAAUUGGAGAAGCAACUUGCCACCGGACUCUUGUGCAGAAUUAUUCAUUAAAUCCAGAAGACAUCUGAUUGAUCCACCACUUAGAGCGACUUUGAACAAUUGGGUUUGAUCUCGAGGACCAACCCUUGUCUCUUCCUGCAGCUCUGGGGAAACUGUAACGAUGAUUCAAUUAAGCCGAAGAGUUCGCUCAAUGCUUUCUUUGGGCCUCAACUGUCUUGCCCUCUGCUUUUCCGUGUCGGCUUUCUGCACCAGCUAUUGGUGUGAAGGGACCCACAAAGUGGUGAAAUCACCUUGCCUUUCAGUGGUCAAGAAAGGGAACUGCGUACCCAACAACAGCAAUGGGACUGUGGAUGCGAAUGAGACGGUGGACCCCCACAAAGUCCAGUACAUCUGGGAGACGGGUGAAGACAAGUAUGCUUUUCAGUAUUUCCACACGGGUUUCUGGCUGUCAUGUGAAGAACAUCAUGGAGAGGAGAAGUGUCGGAGUUUCAUUGAGCUGCCUCCAGAGUCAGAACAAGGAGUGCUGUGGCUCUCCGUUGCUUCCGAAUUUCUUUAUAUCAUCCUGUUGAGUAUUGGGUUCUUGCUCAUGUGUUUAGAUGCUAUCUAUUAUGCCAACUUCAUUGACGGUCUCAAGAUCAACGCUUUCGCAGCUGUAAUCACUGUUUUGUCAGGUCUCCUGGGCAUGGUGGCCCACAUGAUGUACAUGACUGUCUUUCAGGUAGCUGUAAACCUGGGGCCAAAAGAUUGGAGGCCCCAAACAUGGUAUUAUGGAUGGUCCUUUGGCUUGGCCUGGCUCUCUUUCACUCUCUGCAUGUCAGCCUCUGUGCUGACUCUCAACACUUACACCAAGACUAUUCUGGAGUUCAAGUACCGUCGGCAGAUUUUUGAGAAAUACACCGCAUCAACGGGGAGCAUUCGGGGUUCCAACUCGCCAGCGCUGGACCCUGAUCUGGAGCGUUUCCUAUGGGAGAAAUACAUCUUCAGCGUCAGUGAAUCUCUAGACUUCUCUGCAAGUCCACCCGGCCGCUUAGCUCUCAGCGGGGACCGGAAGGAGUGUUCUGGAGGAUAUUCUGGCCUCCCAAGGAGUCACAGUGGAGAUACCAAGGAUGAGGAUGAUGGGGAACCUUGCUGAGGAGAGGAGGUUGUGUAGAAAAAGAGAGCCAUCCUUUCUCUUCUCCCUGUCACACUCACUCCCUCACACAUCUAGUUUUAAUGAUGUUUUCUUCUUUCUCCUGUUGAACCUCUCAGUAACUUUCAUAGCUGAUUAUUGAGGACCUUUUUUAAAGAAGGUUUUUACCCUAUGUUUUUUUCAUAUAUGGUACAACUCAAGGUGGCAAAUUUAACAAUAUUCUGUACUAUUUUCCCCAAAAGAAAACUGUGGGGUAAGUUGGCGGAGAAAGAGACUGGCCCAAAAAUCACCCAGCUGGUUUUACAUGUUUAAGGUGAGAUUAGAAUUUAUCAGGGGAUUAGCCCAAAAUCAUCCACACUGUGUUCAUGCCUAAAGCGGGACUAGAACUCACUGUCCCCUGGUGAUUGACCCAAAGUCACCCAGAUGGCAUUCAUGCCUAAGCUGGGACUAGAAUUCACCAUCUCCUGGUGAUUGGGCUAAAAUCACUUAGCUGGCUUUUAUGGGUAAACUUUCAUGGGUCUAGAACUCAUAAUUUUCUUGAGGUAGUUCUGCAGAUUUAAAAAAGACAAGAUUGCCAGAUCCAGGGAUCUAACCUCCCUGUCAGAACAAUAGCAGACCAUAAAGGAAACUUUAUUGAUUUGGAAUGUGAUGGGUGUUGUUGAAUGUCUCAGGUCAAGGCAAUUCAGCUGCAAAGACCAAAUGGAUUUUGGAGAUUGACCUUUGUGACUGAUCUUAGGCACUGAAUUACAGAAAGCUUUGCCAAAAUAAAACGGAGCUGUCUUACCGACCAGUUAAUUUUUGGCAGAACUGUUGCCUGAUUCCUGAAAGCUGGUAGACAAGUGCUACUAAACUUUUCUGCUCCAGAAAUCAAAAGGUCUAUUCGUAUCCUCUGUAAUAUUAUCUCUUUGCCUGUUGGUCAAAAGCUUUUCAAGUCAUCAAGAAAUGAUGGAAAAUUACUAAUGAAACAGCUCAUUACACUGUAACCAUUAAUUACCGUAUAUACUCAAAUAUAAGCCGAUCCGAGUAUAAGCCGAGGUCCCCAAUUUUACCCCAAAAAACUGGGGUAAACUGGGGACUCGAGUAUAAGCCGAGGGAGGGAAAUGAGGCAGCUACCGGUCAGGGAAAGCCUCCCUCCCUCAGCCGAGAAGGCUGGCGGCUCCCCCGCCCCGCCCUCUCACUGCACUGGCAGGGCUUCCCCGCGCUAAUGCAAAAGCCCGCCAAGUUUGCACCAUCCGGUAUAAUGUGAAAAAAAGAAAAAAAAAAAAACUCGAGUAUAAGCCGUAUAUACUCGAGUAUAAGCCGAGGGGACGUUUUUCAGCACAAAAAACGUGCUGAAAAACUCGGCUUAUACUCGAGUAUAUACGGUAGGUCAUUAAUCUCACCAACAACUACCUGUAAAGGAAAGUUUAAGACAUCAUCCAAGCAUUGAUUGGAAUCAAAAUGCCCAUAUUAUUAUCAUUUCCACUCUCAUUUCUAAAUGUUCUCUUAGAAACUUCAUCAAGUCAUACAUAUUUUUCUCGAGAGAUCUUUCUAAGGAUGUAGGGAGAUCAUUGAAAAAAUAUCCUACCAAAUCAAAAAUGAUCUUGAGCUACCAGUAUCUCUCCCCAUACCCUGCCUCCCAACUGUACAAUGCAGUGUUUUGUUAGAUUACCACAGACCAGGCCUGCUUAGAGUCUUCAUUUUUCUUAUGGUUUCUGAGAGCCAGUUUGGUCAAAGCCCCCUGCAACUCAUUCUAGUGGCUUUCUUUUGAUUAUCUUAAUUAGAUAUUGGGGCAUUCACUUACAUUGAUGGAUACAGUAGGCUUCAGAGGAAGUAGAUCCUGGAUAGACCUCUUUCCAUUUGUAUUUCAACUUCUUAUGAAAAAACCCUCAUCUGUCCAAGAUGAAUUGGCCUGUAUAAUGGCUAGUAUAUUAUAUAUUUUUGAGAACCUCUCUAAUAACACAGGAGUAGUUCAGACGAGUGUGAAAACUCAUGUUUAGUUCUUACACCACACACAUACCUGCUUUCUGCUUUCUUCUAUUUGGAGGUUGGUUCAGUAGCACAACAGGGGGCACUCCCAUACCUUGCUCUAUCAUACCAACUGGUUUGUUGAAUAUUUUGGUAACAGCAUUUUUGAGAAUGUGUGUGCCAAAAUUCAACUUUCACUGUUGUGGAAUUACUCCCAUUGGACAUGAAACUUUGCUAUCAAAAAAUGCCCAAGUAUCUUUUGUGAUAUGGUGUGUGCACAGUAUGGUUGUUUAAGUAAUAGAGUAGGUAUAGCUUCCCACAGUUAUUCCAAGUAAUGACUUAGCCAUUUGGAUCAGAUAUUCUGCCCUGCAAUUUCACCCUCCCCCCCCAUCUUGUCAUGCAGCAUUGCUUCUGCUCUCUUCGCCUGGCCUCCCUCCCUUUUCCUGCCCCCCCCCCAAUAUCCCUGCCCUCCCCCAAAACCCAUUUGUAGCUGUCUGGUUAAUCUCAUCUGCUUUAGCAUCAUGCAAUUUUCUCAUCUGUAGGGAAUGAAGGAAGAGCAAGAGUCAUUAAUUUCUGGUUGAUUAAAGAAAUUAAGGAAUUAAUCAGUGUCAGUCUGCUUCAUUUCAUAAGUGGGGGAGGGAAGAGGAAGUUUCCAGCUGCUCUUCAUUUCUCUGCUUGAGAGAAAAGAAAAUCAAGCAGGGGGAUCGGUACGAAGCCCAUCACAGCAGUUUAGGAUCUCCUGAGAGAACCUUGUGUGAUCUCAUAGGUGGGCAAGUAGGAGUGAUUUCCAAUUGGCUUAAUAGGAACCAUUUUAAAAAGUCUCUGCCUUCCUCUUUGUAAAUUACACCGCUGAGAAAGAACACUAGCAGAAUCUAGGAAUGGAACUUCUGUUCCUAGGAACAGAGUAUUAAGCUCCAAUUCUAAUCCUGAUCUCAAGGAACUAAAUCCUUUAUCCCUUGUCCAGUUGUAAUUUUGAGCUGUAACUAGUGCACCUAAAUAAUCCACCAAAACAGUCAAUCUAGAAGUCUGUCCUUCCCUGAGAAUUUAACUGGAGGUGCGGGGGGGGGGGGCAGCAAUUCCUUACUUUUUUUUUUUUAAUUUACAUUUAUAUCCUGCCCUUCUCCGAAGACUCAGGGCGGCUUACAUUGUGUAAGGCACAAUUUAUAUUUUACAAUUUAUAAAUAUUGUUAGUCUAAACCCUAACAAUAUUUGUUUAGAAGAGAGAUGUCCUGAUUCCAGAAUGGGCCUGGUUCGUGCUUAAUUCAAGCAUAACCUUUAAAAGUUCGGGGGGGAAGAAUGUCACCUACCUUCUUGUAAAGCUAUUAUUAGAGAAACAUUGUAUGAUCAGUUCCUGGAAGGCUGCUAUUGAAGAAUAUAUAUGAAUAAUAGCAUAUUAUAUAAAUUAUAUACUAUGAUUGUAUGUUAUAUAUGUAUAAUAGCAAUAUAUAAGAAUAAUGAUAUUAAUAAUGGUAUAUUGCAUCCUGACAGGAACAGUUUAUCCGAGAUGGUCUGUUCCAUCCAAAUCAAUGCAGCACUCACCUGAUUGGUUGGUCUUCACUUUUGGGGUCUUCAGGUCUUCAGUGCUGACUUCUGGACUAACCCAUGCAACUUUCUUGGCAAGAUUUUACCCUAAAAGAAGUGUUUACCCUUGCCUUGUUCCUAGGACUCAGCAAGAGGGGUUUCCCCACCUUCAGAUGAAGGGUUCACUUUUGGGGUGUGUGUGAGAGAGAGAGACCAACCAAGUGUUGAUCCAUAAUUACUGCAGGAAUUGACCAACUGGCUUGUCACCCAAGCCUGACAUCAUGGUCUGAGAGAAUGACUGGCCCAAAGUCACCCAGCCGGCUUUCUAGGUGAAACUAGAACUCACAGCCUCCUGGUUUCUAGGCUGAUGACUUAACUGCUGGACCAAACCUAGGGCUCAGCAAGAGUGACUGGCUCAAAGUCAUUCGGUUGGAUUUGUAUCUAAGGUGGGACUAGAUCUCACAUUCUCCCAGUUGCUAGCCUGGAUCCUUAACUGGCUCUUAGUACAACCAUUCAGAGCAAGUAAAUCUUAAAUAAAAAAGGAAGAUUUUGGGCACACUCUAGCUCAAGAAUCCAUUAUCUUUAGAUAUUCAUUUCUAUGGAUUCUUGGGCCCCAAAUCUUCUCUUUUCUUUUAAGAUUUACUCACUCCCAAUAGUUGUACAGCCCCUUUCCAAUUUCAGCCGUUUUCAACUGUAGGACAUCAAAUUCUGGCAUUCAACAAGUCCCUGGAGAUGGAUUAAAAAGCAGGUGUUUCACCCCAAAUAGACCAUCCUUUGCUUCCAGGUAGGCAUAUACAAUUUAUAAGGGCUAAUGUACCAGUAGAGGGUCAAUGGGAGAGGUCAAAACAAAAUUGGUGAAGGUUUUCUGUGUGGUAUCAGAAACACCCCAUCCCAUAACCAGGAAAGGACCCAGAACAGCAAAAAGGUUAGGGAUUGGGUAAAAAAAAAAGCCUUUAAAAAAAAAAAGCUACAGUACUUUUACUAUAUUAUUUAAUGAAAUACCAAAGGGAAAAAAGAUCUAUAUUGAAUACUAAAAGUUGAAUCACAUUAAAAAGUAACAACAUCUAAACAUAAAUAAAACACAAAAAUAUUAUGAGAAAACUUUCUAGUUACAUGUUCUUCCCUUCUCAGCCAUUUAUUUCCUCAACUGCUGACCACAAUCUAGAUGUUUAAACUGUACAUUAAAUAUUAAAGAUCGCCUGCUGGUAUCAGUUGAAAUCCUUUCAUCUGUUAGUUUUGAUUGGUCUCAUCUUUUUUCCUAAAACACAUAUUCUAAAUGUCCAAAUUUGCCCUGCUUUAUAGAUAUACUGGGUAUUAUCAGUUUUGUGAUUCCUGCAUUUUUUCCAAUUUUGGUUUCUCAAUCUGAUAUUAUCAGCAAAGUUCACCUUUUCCAAUGUUGUAACAGAUUUGUUCUCCUUAACUGUCAACAUGUAUCUUAGUAAAUUGUGAUAUUUUUCAUUUGUAUUUUCAAGAAUUAUGCUUAAUAAGAAUAAAUGUGGCUUCAGCACAAAUUUUAUUUUAGGAUUUUCUGAAUAUGUUGAUGUAGUUCACUGUUAAUAGUUUUGUGGGUUUUUUUGUGUACAUAGCCAUUACAUGUGAUCCUUCUUUGUUAUGGCAUUUCCAACAUUAAUUGCUAUAUGAUUUGCCUAUCUUGGUAAUUAUUGACAGGGUUAUGUACCAUCUGUAAAAUAUUUUACACUGAUUUUCCCUUAAAUUAUAACUUAGAGUAAAUUGUAUUAAUUUCCCCAUGACUCUUCUAAUUGUUGUACUGUGAUUAUUUCUUUGAUGAUACACAUUCACUUUAUCAUACAAUUUUUAUUUGUUACAUCUUGUCAUAUUUAAAUGUCAUAUUUCAAUAACAAUUUAUAUGGGUGUCCUAAUAGGUGAUCUUGAUUUUGUGUAAGUCUUUCAAACUCUGUCAUUCUCAAAGUUCCUCCUUUCUUGAGAUCACUUAUUAUCUUCUAACAUUUUGUAAGUAUAUCAGUCAUAAUAAAUUCCUACCUUCAUUAAGCAGUUCUUGAUGUGUUUUACCCUAUAUCUAGAAUCUGGAUGUACCAUAUUGGUGUAUGUGAUUAAAUCUUAAAUUAAAUCAAGUAUUAAAUUAAAUAUUCGUCCCUGAAGUAAAAGACGUUUGAUGGUGAAGCUAAAAGCGAAGUUGCCAGACUUAUUCUCAUUUUAAUAGAUUCCGGUUUUUUUUUCAAAUCUUGUUUUAUAAUAUGUGCUUUCAAAUUAUUUUCUUCUAGUUCUUUAUACCACAAGUAUCUAUGAAGUCCAUGGGCUAAACUCCUUCUAUAUUUGACAAUCUACAUUUUAAUCCAUUCUCUUAUCCAUGAUAGAUACAUUAUAUUGUUAUGCUGGAAUAACAAUAUAAUUUAACCACCCCUAUCUUUUGAAGCUUGUAAAAUUUUAACUACUAGAUUACCAUGUUUUAGUUUUUUCCUCAUCUUUCUAGCUCUUUCUUUAAAAUAUCUUUCUGCGAUUUAUUAUAAUUAUUCUGAAAU